AUGAAUAAACUAACAAUUUAUGAUAAAGCUCGAGAAGAUUUGCAUGAAAUGGACAUUUACCGUGAUACCGCGGUACGAUUUCUUGGUUAUGCAAAUGAAGUUGGUGAAGCAUUUCGUGCUUGGGUGCCAACAAAUGCAGUACGAAUAUCAUAUGUUGUUGCAAUGGGUUAUGUUUUUUCUGACACAGCUGACAAAAGUCGAAAAACAUAUCAGUUAAAUUAUUUGAACUGUAAGGAACGAUAUCGAGCUGUUGCUUUUCGAGCUGUCGAUACAUUAAUCUGGCAAAGUUUGGCAUCUGUUGUCAUCCCAGGAUUUAUGAUCAAUCGUGUUUGUUAUUUGUCCAUUAAAUUGCUUACCCGGUCAACUAAAUGGCCAUUGAAAGUACAAAAAUUAACAUCAACAGUAAUUGGACUAUGUACCAUACCAUUUAUCGUGAAACCGAUUGAUACAGCUGUUGAGAUUGGAAUGCAGUCUUCGAUAAGAAAAUUCUAUUCGGUGGAAGUUUUCAAAAAGUGA